AGCAAACAUAUUCGAUAUUCUGCAAUUCAAUGUCUGGCAUCUGGAGCUCUCUUCUGGACUCGGCAUCGUCUGCGAAGAGUGUUCCUACCCGCACUUUGCUGCUGAUUGGAGGGACCGCGCAGUGCCAGCGCGACUUUAUAAAUCAGCUGGUGCAGUCUGUCAAUAACGAUCUGUAUGCUAUACAAGGAUCGUAUUCUGCAGUGAAAAAUGAUUACGCUAUUGGUUAUCUCUACAUUGAUGUGUACGAUCGGGAACAGGAGGAACUAAUAAUACGGCUGCACAUCUACACAGUAUCAAAACUACACGAAUCAUACGCUAAUCUACUGGUCAAUAUUCUGAACCGAGAAGAAACGACCUUUGAGAGUCUUUUUGUUACCAUUCUGUGCGACUGGACAGAGCCUCGUCGGUGGAUCAGAGAUAUCGCGCAGACCAUACUAUUUCUGCGCAACGACGUCAUCUCGAAAAUUGACCAAGAGAAAUUUUCUGGAGGCCUAGCUAGAUGCUCUGAGCGAUACAACAAACUAGCCAACACGUCAUUUACCGACUCGUUUCAGCUUCUGGCCGGCAACUCAAGUACAAUAGAGGUACCUUUAGGAAAAGGCGAGUUUGAUGCGCCUUUAGGGAUUCAGUUUAUGGUUGCGGUCAUGAACUCAGAAAGGACAGAGGUUCUUGAACGGCAGUUUGGCCGGAAGGACGACGAGUUUGAUUUCAUACAGCAGUUUCUGCGGACGAUAUUACUUAAACAUGGCGCGUCGCUGAUAUACCUGUCGUCUGAUUCGAAAACUCUCUUUCCGCUGCUAUUCUACCUACUCUCUCCGUCGAUUACGGUGGAGCACUCGAGAGACUAUCUAAAAGAAGCAGCGCAGUUUGUGAAACCAAAUGUGAUUCAGCGAGACGCGGUGCUGAUUCCGUCAGGGUGGGACUCGUGGUCCAAGAUCCUAGUCAUCAAAGAGGACUUUGAUGUCGAAGGAGUGUCGAGUAGUUGGCAGAGCGAGGUGCUGGCCGAGGACGGAGACGUGGACGCGCUGAUAGAGGUCUUCGAGGAGGUUGUGCAUGCGUUCGGCGCCGCGGUGUCGUCCACGAAGGAGGUGCAGAAGGCAGCUGCCGCGCUCGAGGUCGAGAGUGUGCCGACGCAGCAGUUUCUGCGCGAGUGCCUGGCCGAGCUGAGCAGCGUCGAACUAAACGAGUAAGAAUAAACAAGCAUUACAUAAUCCUACCCUAAGCCCAAAGUAGAUAGGGUACGGGCUUGUACGAUCGUGCUGAGAGCUGCGCAGGGACCGAAGCUGCCGGGCAGCGCU